CUUUAGUAAAGGGAACUAUUUUGUCCCUCUUCGCUCUCCGUCUGGAAACUUAGGACGUGAGGGUCUUAGACAUGGCGGCCUUUAGGAUGGGAAAACUGACAACCAUACCUGCAGGUCUGCUAUAUGCAUCUAUAAGUGUGCAUGCAGCUAAAGAAGAGGAACCCAAAAAGCAGUUCGUAAGACCUGAGCAGCUCCCUAUAUAUACUGCACCACCUCUUCAGUCUAAAUAUGUUCAUGAACAACCUGGUUAUUUACAAAUGGGCUUUGCAUCCAUCCGUACUACAACACUUUCUUACUUUGGCUGGUGCAAGGAUGUUUAUAUUUUCAUGAAAAAUGGAAUAAUGGACACAGUACAAUUUGGGAAAGAUGCUUAUGUCUACUUGAAAAAUCCUCCUCGAGAUUUUCUUCCUAAAAUGGGUGUGAUUACAGCUUCAGGAUUGGUAGGUUUGGUUUCAGCAAGAAAAGGUUCUAGGUUUAAGAAAAUUGCCUAUCCACUAGGACUGGCUACAUUAGGAGCAACUGUUUGCUACCCAGCUCAGUCAGUAAUAAUUGCAAAGAUUACAGGGAAGAAAGCAUAUGCUACCAGCCAGUACAUUUAUGGAGCUGUUAAAUCGUUGUGGGCAACAAGCAACAAAAAUGAAUCACUCUCUGAACCUAAAGAAAAAACUAAGCUAGGAAGUCCCAAUGAAACAGAAAUGCCUGCAAAAACAACUCAAGUCCUGAAUCAUUCAGUGCCUUUACCAAAAGAACUCUACUCUAAAACAAAGACCAAAUCAACAUUCACCUCAGGUACUAAACAGUUUAUAUCUGACCCAAAGCUUAUGGAUCAUGGACAGUCCCAUCCAGAAGAUGUAGAUAUGUACAGCACUAGAAGCUGAAAUAGACUGCACAGAGAGACAGCAUAGAGAACCGCAAUAUGUAUGAAGUUGUAAAUGAUGGUUUAAAAAAAUCAUGUACUGGGCAACUGAUACUUAGACUGUGCCUUGAAGUGAUUCCCUAACCUCUUCAAAUGCACAGUCAAGUAAGUGAUGAAAACACAAAUUGUGAAUUCAAUCCAACAAUAUGAAAGGAUUGAUGACACAGCAGAAGUAGAAAUAGUAUGAUGUAUUUGAUGACUUGUAAGGGAAUUUACUAAAAAACAAACGAGAAUGAAGAUGUGAACAUCAAUGAGACUAAAAUCUGAAAAUAUGUAUGUGCAUCUAUACAUAUGUAUCUGCUUCGGGUUUCCAAAUGUCAGUUGGAUUAGAAUGGUGUAUAGAAAGAUGGGUGUGUUCUCUGUUUUGUUGUUGUUGAUGUUUUCAUUUCUCUUAGCUGCAAUAAAAUACCCAUAUUUUAUGGCA